AUCCUAGUUUUCGUUAGGUCCGGUUGCCCUCUCCCUAUUGCCCAGAGGGCGGGCGGGUCUGUGUCGGGGGAAGGAGGAGGAGGUAUCUGCCUGAAUCCCAGCAGGACCCUGAAUUAGGAAAAGCUGGUAUUAGGACUCUCUGAAGUGCUGUUCUGCCGCUGAGCCAUCCGUCUCUGCGGUGGUCGCCUCGUGUUUGUGGAUCUUGCUCCUGAAGGCCGAUCCAAUCCUAGGAGCAGCAGGAAGAGGAAAACUAUCCAGGACCAAGUAGGCCAGAGUGAAGGCGGUGGCACUGUUUUGGGACCCCUGGGGUGGAGGAUGGUGACGACUGCAAACUCCAGUGGGCCCAUGGACUACCUCCGCCUUCGGUUCUCUCUGUAAAGUGCUCUGCAAGUACAAGACUGGGAAGAAGGUUUGCUGGACACAGUGCACUUGAAGACGAGAAAAAGAAGGAAGAAACUGUCUGGAUCUCUGUGGAUGUAUGUCUCCACUAUAUCUGCAGCUGCAGCAGAGCCUGCCAGCAGUAACUGAAGAUUCCGCCCCCAACACGUGCCCUCCUCUGGGCCAGAGCAAGCCUGUUCUGUACCCAGGUUAAGAGGUUCGCCCUGGCUGUACCAUGGGCCGCACUCGGGAAGCCGGCUGUGUGGCUGCUGGUGUGGUCAUCGGGGCUGGUGCCUGCUACUGCAUGUACAAACUGACCUGGGGAAGAGAUGAGAACGAGAAAAUCUGGGAUGACGACAAGGAGUCUAGUGACACCUCAGAGACUGGAGUUGAGACUGGGAAAGGAGCUAAGGCUAACAUUGGGGCAGAGUCCGGAGCCAAAUUUCAGGGUGACUCAAAGGCCAAGGCCGAGGUGAGUUUGGGACUCGAGAGUUGUCCAGGUGUAAAAGAGGAGGCCCACACAAGAUCCCAAAGCGGAGGUGGCCUAGAGGCCAAGGCCAAGGCCCUUUUCAACACCCUGAAGGAACAGGCAAGUGCUAAGGCCGGCAAAGGGUCCAGAGUGGGCACCAUCUCUGGGAACAGGACCCUUGCACCAAGUUUACCCUGCCCAGGAGGCAGAGGUGGAGGCUGCCACCCCACCAGGAGUGGAGCUAGGGCUGGGGGCAGGGCAAGUGGAAAAUCCAAGGGAAAGACCCGUAGUAAGAGCACCAGGGUUCCAGCUACAACGUGGCCUGUCCGUAGGGGCAAGUUCAACUUUCCCUAUAAAAUUGAUGAUGUUCUGAGUGCUCCUGACCUUCAGAAGGUCCUUAAUAUUCUGGAGAGAACGAAUGAUCCUUUUAUUCAAGAAGUAGCUUUGGUCACUCUGGGUAACAAUGCAGCAUAUUCAUUUAACCAAAAUGCCAUACGUGAAUUGGGUGGUGUCCCAAUUAUUGCGAAACUGAUAAAAACAAAAGACCCCAUUAUUAGGGAAAAGACUUACAAUGCCCUUAAUAACUUGAGUGUGAAUGCUGAAAAUCAGGGCAAGAUUAAGACAUAUAUCAGUCAAGUGUGUGAUGACACCAUGGUUUGUCGCUUGGACUCAGCUGUGCAGAUGGCUGGACUAAGACUGUUAACCAACAUGACUGUGACUAAUCAUUACCAACAUUUGCUUUCCUAUUCUUUUCCAGACUUCUUUGCUUUGCUAUUUCUGGGAAAUCACUUCACCAAGAUACAGAUUAUGAAACUAAUUAUAAACUUUACUGAAAAUCCAGCCAUGACAAGAGAGCUGGUCAGUUGUAAAGUACCAUCAGAAUUGAUUUCCCUCUUUAAUAAAGAAUGGGAUAGAGAGAUUCUUCUUAAUAUCCUUACCCUAUUUGAAAAUAUAAAUGACAACAUAAAAAAUGAAGGGCUUGCAUCAUCCAGGAAGGAAUUCAGUAGGAGUUCACUUUUUUUCUUAUUCAAAGAAUCUGGAGUUUGUAUUAAGAAAAUCAAAGCAUUAGCAAAUCACAGUGAUCUGGUAGUGAAAGUAAAAGUCCUAAAAGUAUUAACCAAACUCUAAUUUGGGUUUAUCUCAAACAGUGUUGAGGUAAUUUUUUAGUUUGCACUUGGUAACAAUGUGUUUUGUAAAUUCUUUCUUUUUCACUGUGCUUAUAUGUAAAAGAGAUUUUUUUCAUCUGUUAGGGAAUAAUGAAUAUCACAGACCAUCAAUAGUGAUUGGUGCUGGUUGUGAUGGUUGGGUUUAGGCUGGACCAUUUUAAGAAUGGCAAAUGAAUAUUACAGCUUAUGCACAGAAAGCAUUUAUUGAUUUGAUCUUGCUACCUAGAUUGAGAUAUUUUUACUCUUUCCUCUACCUAAACUAUAUAGUGAACUAAUUAUACAUCAUGAAUACGCUACACGUUUGUAUUGGUUUACAUUUGUUCAUCUAAGACUUGCGCUUCAUCAAUAAAGUUGUGUUUUAAGCAGCA